CUGACUCACCAGACUGGUGACCAAAUAACUGGAAAUCUACCCACACCCAGUUCAUCCCUGCUCCCCUAAGGCUUACAGAGGGUUGUUAGAAUUGACUGCCUAGGAGGUACUGACCGGGUGCCCACCACUUCUCGCAGGUCCCUGCUUCUCUUAGCCAUGGCUCCAAAGCGCAAGCUCCAAGUGCAGCAUGAGGGUCCUGAGAAGAAGAAGGGGCGACAGGGGGCAGAAGAGGAGGACAGUUUCCGUUCCACUGCUGAGGCCCUCAAGGCCGCGCCCACAGAGAAGUGCAUAGCCCGAGUGGACCCCUCAUGUCCACUCAGCUGCAACCCUGGAACCCAGGUGCAUGAAGACUACGACUGUACCCUGAACCAAACCAACAUUGGGAACAACAACAACAAGUUCUACAUCAUCCAGCUGCUGGAAGAAGGUGACUGCUUCUUCUGCUGGAACCGCUGGGGACGCGUGGGAGAGGUGGGCCAGUCCAAGCUCAGCCGCUUCGUGUCACUGGAGGAUGCGAAGAAGGACUUUGAGAAGAAAUUUCGGGACAAGACCAAGAACAGCUGGGCAGAGCGGGAUCACUUUGUGGCCCACCCCGGCAAGUAUACACUUAUCGAAGUGCAGAGAGAGGACGAGGCCCAGGAAGUCGUGGUGAAGGUGAAGGUGGACGGAGGCCCAGUGAGGGCCGUGGUUCAGCAGGUGCGGCCCUGCUCCUUGGACGCAGCCACACAGAAGCUCAUCACCAACAUCUUCAGCAAGGACAUGUUUCAGAAUGCCAUGGCCCUCAUGAACCUGGAUGUGAAGAAGAUGCCACUGGGGAAGUUGAGCAAGCAGCAGAUCGCCCGGGGGUUCGAGGCCUUGGAGGCAGUGGAGGCGGCCCUGAAAGCCCCCGCAGACGGUGGGCACAGACUAGAGGAACUGUCCUCCCACUUCUACACUGUAAUUCCCCACAACUUCGGCCGCAGCCGACCCCCGCCCAUCAACUCCCCUGAGCUUCUGCAGGCCAAGAAGGACAUGUUGCUGGUGCUGGCAGACAUCGAGCUGGCACAGACCCUGCAGGCAGCCCCCGAGGAGAUAAAGAAAGUGGAGGAGGUGCCACACCCACUGGACCGAGAUUACCAGCUCCUCAAGUGCCAGCUCCAGCUGCUGGACCCAGAGAUGCCUGAGUACAAGGUGAUACAUGCCUACUUAAAACAGACUAGCAACAGCUUCAGGCCCCCUGCUCUUCAACACGUUUGGAAAGUGGACCGAGAAGGGGAGGGAGAUCGGUUCCAGGUCCACGCCAAGCUGGGUAAUCGGAAGCUACUGUGGCAUGGCACCAACGUGGCCGUGGUGGCUGCCAUCCUCACCAGCGGGCUCCGCGUUAUGCCACAUUCUGGAGGCCGUGUUGGCAAGGGCAUCUACUUCGCCUCAGAGAACUGCAAGUCGGCUGGCUAUGUUACUGGCAUGUCCUGCGGGGCCCAUCGCAUUGGCUACAUGUUCCUGGGUGAGGUGGCACUGGGCAGAGAGUACCACAUCACCGUCGACGAGCCCAGCUUGAAGCAGCCACCCUCUGGCUUUGACAGUGUCAUUGCCCGUGGCCACACAGAGCCUGAUCCAACCCAGGACACUGAGCUGGAGCUAGAUGGCCAGCGAGUAGUGGUGCCCCAGGGCCAGCCCAUGCCCUGCCCAGAGUUCAGAAGCUCCAGCUUUUCCCAGAGCGAAUAUCUCAUCUACCAGGAGAGCCAGUGCCGCCUGCGCUACCUGCUAGAGAUUCACCUCUGAGCUGUCCACCCAACCCUCCCGCCCCCUGCCAGGAGCUCGACCAUCAUCCUCAAUCCCAUAUCCACUUCCUGCUCUCACAUCUCCCUCCUGUGUUCCAGUGAUCCCCUCUCUGUUGGUUCUGGCAUGGCUGUGGCCUCAGUCUCACCUCCUAAGGUGAUGGGUGUGAUGGACUGCAACACGAUGCACCUGUUCAAGGCUGUGUAGUUAGAGGGGCACAAACUGAAAGUGGGUGGGUCCCACAUCCACCCAGGCCAUCUACUCUGACCUAACUGUCCAUCCAAGAGAGGUGAGAUGAUGGAUUUCCCUGGCGGUCCAGUGGUUAAGACUCUGCUUUCACUGCAGGGUACACAGGUUCAACCCCUGGUCGGGGAACUAAGAUCCCACAAGAUGUGUGGCAAAAAAUAAAUGAAUAAACAAGAGAGGUAGGCUGCACAUCAGGCAUGCACAGGCAAGUUUAUUAAACAUUGUAUUGGCGUACUCCCUGGCCUCUGCUUGUCUGUGCCAUAGCUGCACCAGGCCCGGGCCUCCUUGCUCUCCAGGGCGACUCGCCACGCCACACAGCAUUUCCAGCCCCACUCCAGGGAGUGACCACCAUACUCACAUAGUCAUACACACACUCCCACCCACUGUGGUCACAGUCUAUGUUGGUCCUUGCAACAACUGUCCUCCUCUGAUCAUUGAGCCUCUGAAAGGGACCCUUCCCAUCCACUCAAGAGCUGUUAGUCAUGUGGGGACCCAUCUGGUGAUUUCUUCAGUUCAGACACAGCCAGGCAAAUCAAGCAUUUCUCGUGUCUUGCCACCAAACACCCAUGUGUGUCUUUUAUCUAUUAUAAAUGAGUUGAGAAUAUUUGUGAGGGGUUCAACUCUGCUGUCAUGAAAGGAAUGGUAAUUAUCAACCCAGGUUACUCUGUCCACAAACAGGAGGAGCAGACCCUAGACAGCAGGUCAGGAUCCAGUGCUGGGUCAUACCCUGCAUUUUGUUGUCAUUCUCUUUGAUUUCCUUUAAUCUGAAACCAUUUUUGAGCCUUUUCUUUUUCCUCCAUAACUUUUGACACUCUUGACACUCCUAAAGAGUACAGGUCAGUUGUUUUAUAGACUCUCUCAGUUCAUGUUUGUCUGAUAUUUUGGAAUAAUUAGAUUCAGGCAUUGCAGUUUGGCAGGAACAUUACGUGAAUGACAUGUCCUUGGUGUACUAUAUCAGGAGGGACAUAUCCCAUCCUUGGUGAUGUAACUUUGAUUGCUCAAAGUCGUGUCCACCAGGUUGUUCCACUAGGAAGUUAUCAUUUCCUCCAUUUGUAAUUGAUCAGUAAUCUGUGGGGAAAUAUUUUGAGGUGUAAAUGUCCCAUUCCUUAUCAACUUUCACCUACUAGCUUUUACAUUUAGUGACGAUUUUUACCUGAAAUUGAUGACUUUAAUGAAUUUUUGCUAAGAUGGUUGCAAAUUUUUAUCUAAUUCCAUCAUUUCUUCUAUAUUUAUUAAUAACAGUCACCUUUCUUUCCUUAUUAUCAGUAUGGACCUGUGGGUUCCGAUUAUAUUCACUGGGUUCCAAUCCAUUAUGGUUACUGUUUUGAUCCUCAAAUUGUCCCUGCUUUGGCCAGCAGAAGGUCCUUCAGGCUAACUCCUGUGUCUACACUAUUUUGUGAGCAUUUCCUUAUGUUCUGGUUAUUACAUGAUGUUCCAGGCUCAUCUUGUACAAACCUAGAAUCAGCCAUUUCUCCACAGGGGUUCCCUAGAGCAGGGGAUGAUAUUGAGAAUCCAAAAUCUGGGCAGAGGUAUGCUCCUUGGAACUGCGUGUCAUUGCUUUUAAGUCCUGGUAGCAAAGAGGACUAAGAAAUAUGUACAUGUAAAUAAACACAUCUCUCUCUGUUUCUCCAA